ACUCAAGAGUGAGGACAGUUUGGUAAUUUGGUAGUAUCGAGAAAGAUGACGGCAUGGCAGUCUUCUCUCUUACCUCUCCUCUGUUCACUUCAACUUGCAGUCUCUGCAAAUACAGUGUUCAGAGAGAGAGAGAGAGAGAGAGAGGCAAAGCUCAGUGACGAAGAAACGAACAAAUUAGGAGUAGAGAGAAAGAUAAACAAGGGGAGUGCCUUUAUUCUGAUUUCUGAUACUUAACCCUUCUUCUCUAUCUCUGUUUCAAAUUCCUUUUGCUCGCAGAAACUACAACCAUUUGGCGCUUUUCUUCGCUUGAUUUCUUUUGCUUCUUCUCUUGGAGGAAAAAAUGUCUUGGAAAAGCAAGGCCGAUCAUCAUUCUUCAACGAGUGUUGUAACUCAGAAAUGGACUCUGUUCCUUUGCUUCGGGAGCUUUUUCUCUGGAAUGCUCUUCACUAAUAGAAUGUGGACCAUUCCUGAACAUAAAGGUAUGGCACGAACAACGUCGGUGGAAGCUGAAGAAUUGAAAUUAGCUUCAGAGGGGUGUGGCCUCAAAUCUUUACAGCAGCAGGAAGUCAAUUUUUCAUCCAAAGACAUUUUUGGCAAGGUUUUCAAGACUCGUGAUGCUAUACACACAUUAGAUAAGACAAUUUCUAACUUAGAGAUGGAAUUAGCUGCUGCGAAGUCGGUACACGAAUCGAUCCAAAGCGGUUCUCCUUUAUCAGAAGAUUCAAAGCAAAUAGAUAGAUCUGGAAGAAGAAAGUAUUUAAUGGUUGUAGGAAUCAAUACUGCCUUUAGCAGCAGGAAAAGAAGAGAUUCUGUUCGGGCUACCUGGAUGCCUCAAGGUGAAAAAAGAAGGAAGUUGGAAGAAGAAAAGGGCAUCAUUGUUCGCUUUGUCAUUGGCCACAGUGUCACUUCAGGAGGUAUUCUUGACAGAGCUGUUGAAGCAGAAGAUAAAAAGCAUGGAGAUCUCCUUAGGCUGGACCACGUCGAAGGUUACCUCGAAUUAUCAGCAAAAACUAAAAUAUACUUUGCGACAGCUGUUGCUUUAUGGGAUGCAGACUUUUACGUGAAAGUCGAUGAUGAUGUUCAUGUUAAUAUUGGAACGCUCGGUGAAACAUUAGUCAGACAUCGAACGAAGCCACGAGUAUACAUCGGAUGCAUGAAAUCUGGCCCUGUGCUUUCACAGAGGGGAGUGAGAUACCAUGAGCCUGAAUAUUGGAAAUUCGGAGAAGCUGGAAACAAGUAUUUUCGUCAUGCGACUGGACAACUAUAUGCCAUCUCAAAGGAGUUGGCUUCUUACAUUUCAAUAAACCAACAUCUUCUACACAAGUAUGCUAACGAGGAUGUCUCCUUGGGAUCCUGGUUUAUUGGACUCGAUGUCGAGCAUAUCGAUGAUCGGAGACUCUGCUGUGGCACUCCACCAGAUUGCGAGUGGAAGGCUCAGGCAGGAAACAUUUGCGUUGCUUCGUUCGAUUGGAGUUGCAGCGGAAUUUGCAAGUCUGCAGAGAGGAUUAAGGAAGUCCAUCGACGGUGCGGAGAAGGCGAGAAUGUACUAUGGAGUGCCACUUUCUGAAAUGCUACUUGGGAGCUGUUGUCUGUACUAGAAAGCUUGCUAAUCUUGUACGAACCCAGAGACUUAAAAUAACUGAUUGAGAGAGAGAGAGAGCGCUGCACUAGCCACCUCCAUUUUUUCUGAGGGCUGGCUAAAUCAGCAGCUGAAACAUAAAAGUACACAAAUUCUUUGUGGCUAUGAGGGCCAAUUUGUAAGUUAAUAAUUCCCUAUUGUCAUGAAGACGUGAUAAUAAAAACAA